CGUCGGACUGUUAUGCUUCCUACCGGCAUAAGAGACUCCUGUUGUUGCUAACACUAUAUAUUCUCUCAGGCCUUCAUGCCACGAGACGUCGUAGAGAGGCUCGAGGCGAGCCGGCCAAUUGACCGUAAGAACAUCGUCCGCAACCAUGUCUUUCCCAAUCAGCACUUCACCUCGUCGGUCUCCAAUGGCUCUCGUCUCAGUCUCUCGCCUUCCAACCACACGUAUCUGGAGAGGGAGGGGCAAGAGGGUUCCGUCGUCAUCACGUCUGGCUCAUUCCAAGCCCAAGUGAUCCAUUCCGAUGUGAUCCUGCGCAAUCAUGUCGUCCUCCACGUCAUCGACGCCGUUCUCUUUGACGUCGAUGAGGAGGGACCCUUCUUCUCCCUCUCGUCGUCGUCGCAGUCUCUCAUUGUUCACAUCCCACUAGGUCCCGCAGUCCUCUUGGUCGCUUUCCUAGUCUCAUCUACCCUUUGCAUGCCUAUGUGACGCACGUCACGUCUCGCACCCAAACAAAGGACCCAAA